AGAGAGAGACUCAAGUCUCUCAGUUCAUUGGCCAUUGGUGUAGGAGCAACAACAACGCCCACCCACCUUCACACCAACUUCAUCACACUACUCCUCCUCCCUCCUUCCUCCUUCCUCUCACUUUUUUUUCUUCUCUCUGACGGAUUUUUAAUAAAACAAAAAGUGAAAGAUUAAAGCGCUUCUUCACUUUCCUUGUAAUCUGCUAAUAAAGCAAAAUUGAUUGAGUCUCUUCUUUAAUUUUCGUCGGUUCUUUUUUCUUUGUCCGAUCAAAAUCGAAAACCCAUUUAGUUCUUCGAUGAAAGGUGAUAAUUUGAGGGAGUGAAGCAGAUUGUUGCUGUCAUCUUUGGAGAGUUUCUGUAAUUAGAAACCCUCUCAUUUGGCAUUCUUGGUGAAGGUUUAGGAGUUACCUAACCAGCUUUGUGAUUUUGGUGAUAGUUUCAAACCUAUUUACCUCCAAGUUAAAGAAACAAGAGAAGGAGAUGGGGUGUGUUUCUUCUUGCUUUCGUGUCGACGACUUUGAGGAUUACCCGAAUCCAACUAGUUCUGUUAACAGAAACUGCCCAUGCCCGAGAUGUCUUGUUAAUAGCUUACUUAACCUGUACAUCUCUUUAUUCAGAAGAGGAGAAACUCGCUCUCUCCCAUCCUCCUUACAGGCUACUACUACUAAUGUAUCAAUAGCUUCAUCUACUUCGUAUGAUAAUUUUAUGUCUAACACAUUCCAUUCUACUCCAAGGCCUCUGCCUUAUGAUGCUGAUCCAAGAUACUUUCGGUCAAGGCGUGAUUCGCUUGUCUCUAGACGCGAUAAGGGUUCAAGUCAUUCUCAUGAGGAAGCUGAGCCAUUAAGAAGUGAUACUGAUUUUGAUUCUGAGUCUUUCUCAGUGGAAGGAAGCAAAUGGGCUAAUAAUAAGCUUAUUAUCUCUGGUGAAGAUUCAAAAGAAGAGUUCUCUAAAUCCACUCGAAGGAUUCUUAAGUCAAAGACAAUGGCUACUGGUGAUGAUGAAGGCAUGUAUAUUACAUCUGAUGAUGAAGAUGUCUGUCCAACCUGUCUUGAAGAAUAUACAUCAGAGAACCCGAAGAUUGUUACAAACUGUUCUCACCAUUUCCACCUCAGCUGCAUUUAUGAAUGGAUGGAGAGAAGUGAAAACUGUCCUGUUUGUGGAAAGGUGAUGGAGUUCAACGAAACACCGUAACUUGUUACCAUUGAUCCUGUCUUUUACUGUCUAAACUGAAACUGGGAAGAUUGACAAGGCAGCAGACAGAUGUGCAAAUUAAUCUGUUGAUCUGUGAAUACUUUUUAUUUACAAUUUAUGGUAGAUAUAUGGAAAUGAGGAAUUGUCUCUGCACAUUUGGCUAAUGGAGUUAUGAGGAAAAGCCCUCUGGAGAGAAAACAACAGCAGCAGCAAAACACAGGCACACAGGAAUCUGACAUGUUUCUCAAGAUUUGCUUAUGGGGCAGUGUUUUGUUUUUUUUUACAUCAACAUUUUGUAUGAAUUACUUAACCCUUUUAUUAAUAGUAUACAUGUGAGGUUUUCAAUGGGUCAAGAAGAGAUCCCAGUGUAA